AUGGGUAAAGUUUCAAUUGAGGAAUGUGAAAAAACAAAUUCCGUAAAUUGCUCUGAAGGAACUGAUAUCCACGCCAACCUGGUUCUAUGUGAUUAUUUUGGUGGUGUUUGUGCUGAAGGAUGUGAAAUGUUUUAUUGGCAUAGAUUCAACAUCACGUUAUGUCCAACAGAGGGGCAUUUAUGCUGCACUCCGGACCACAUUUCAGAAUCCGUUGAUGAUACUCCUACGGUUCAAGAAGAAAAUACAUCUAUUGAUGAACCGGAUUCUCCAAUGGCUGAUGAACCUGCAUCCAGUAUGCCUCAUCCAGAUCAUUUACAAGAACAAUGCGGAUUUACUUCUCCCAUUCAUCGACGAAAACGGGUAGUUGGAGGAUCGAUUGCAAAUAGAAACGCCUGGCCAUGGAUAGUAGCUUUGCGAUCAGUACUAGGAGCACAUACCUGUUCUGGGGCUGUGAUAGCUAGUAGAUGGAUAUUGACAGCUGCUCAUUGUUUUAGACAUUUUCCUCAAGCGGAAUAUUGGCGAGUACGAACUGGAGAGUAUGAUUUAUUAGAAUAUGAAGAUUCAGAAAGAGAUAUUACGGUUUCAGAUAUAUUUAUUUUUCCAGAAUAUACAGCCAACGAUCCGACAUUUAACCGCGAAAAUCAAACACUAUAUAACCGAUAUGCUCAUGAUUUAGCUUUGAUGAAAUUAAACGAAGAUUCGGGUGUAGUACCAAUAUGCUUGUCGGGAAGGACCCAAGCUGAGAGAGUUGGUGGAGAAGAUGCAUCAGGAUUCAGUAUGGCCUCUAUAGAAGCUAAAGGGGACUGUUGGGUUGCAGGAUGGGGAACAACACUUAAUCAUACUGAUGACCAAGUAUUACGACAAGUGCAUGCCGAUGUAGUUGAUCAUGAGGAAUGCAGUCAGAUGUGGAAUACAUCUUUACAAGAGGAUAUGAUUUGUUUUGGCGAUGGAGUACGGGGUCCUUGUGCGGGCGAUUCUGGUGGACCAUUAGCAUGUAAAAUGGAUGGCAGAUUCUAUGUAACUGGUAUCGUAUCCUGGGGAGCAGAAAAUUGUAAUAUGAAUGGGCACCCCAGCGUGUUUGCAAGAGUGAUAUCACAUAUGGAUUGGAUUGAAACCACCGUUGCAGAUAGAAGCUGA